AUGAUAAAUUCUAUUGAGAAUUUCACUAAUGAAAUUUUCUAUGACAUAUUUGAUUAUCUCGAUGGUUGUGAUAUUCAUAGAGCAUUUUCAAAUCUUAAUUAUCAUUUUUAUCAAUUUCUUAAUUCUUCAUUACUUUUAUAUAAAAUAAAAUUUAAUUUUUUAUCUGAUGAUUUAUUUCUAAAUAAUUAUCAACAUAUGAAAUCUAUUAAUCCACAUCAGAUUUUUUCACUUAAUUUAUCAUUUGAAUUAUAUAUUGACAAAUUUCUAUCAUCAUUUAGCAUCGAUUCAUCACUUGAUCAUCUUCAAUCAAUUUAUCUUCUAAAUAUUCAACCAAAUACACUUUUAAUACUUCUAAAGAAUUGCAUUCAUUUACCACGUCUUAUUUCAUUGAAUAUUAUGUCAGUUCAUCAAUUAAUAGAUCUAUGUCAAAUUUAUUUACUAAUUUUUACUUUUCCAAAAUUAAUAUAUCUUAGAAUAAUAUCUUUUCGAUUCAAGGACCCUGCCGUAUUACCAUUGGCUACUGACAAUCAACAAUUGAGUAUAAUUGAACAUCUUAUUAUUGACCAUAUUGUUACAUUCAAGGAACUUGCUGCUAUACUUUCUUACACACCUAAAGUUUAUCAUUUAAAAUUUUUUCAUGAAGAUAGAUAUAAUCGAACAAACUUUGAUGAAUUCGAAAUAUUUUUAAGUAAAUUACCUUCUACUCUUAAAAGUUUCAAUUUAGUUUAUACUGAAAGAGAAUUACAAUAUCUUGAUUUUGAUGUAUGGGAACAAUUGAUUCUACAAAAUUUUCCUCAAUUAGAAAAGUUUUACUUCGAGUUUGGUCCAUAUACAUAUGAUGAAGAUGAAUUUAUCUUUGAUGGUUGUGUAUGUGAUCAAUUUAUUUCUUCGUUUUGGAUAAAUCGACAAUGGUUUGUUGAAAUUGUUAUUGAACCUGAGAUUAUUUCUCUUUUUAUGAAACCAUACAGUCUUGAUUCAUUAAAAUUAUCGUCUAUAACAUUACCAAUUACAACAUUAUUAUCGAUUGAAGAACUCGAUUGGAUUAAUCUUGCAGUAGAAUAUAAUAAAAUCACAAAAGUUUAUCUUGAAGAAAUGAUUGAAUUUGAUGAUGUUCUUUUUCUUAUUGAUCUAUUUCCGAAAGUAAAAUAUCUUCAAAUUGGUUGUACAAGUGAUAUCGAUAUUAACUUAUUCGUACAAACUAUUUUAAUGAAAAUUCAUAAUAAAGUGAAUUCUAAUCUUCAUCUAUUAGCCAUUUCUAUUCCAACAGCAGACGAUUCUAUGAUGGAAAGAAUACAAAAUUUUAUCGAUUUGAAAGGUCUUCUUUUUAAUUAUACAAUUAGACGUACAAAUGAUACUAUUUUCAUACGGAUGAAAUCAUUUUAA